UGGAGCUUCGGCUUAAAAGGAAGCCAGACAGCCUUCCUGUUGGAGUUGACGCAGAGGAAGGAAGAUGGCGUCUACAAGCCGCUUGGACGUUCUGCCUCGAGUGACAUGUCCAAACCACCCAGAUUCCAUUUUAGUAGAAGAUUAUAGAGCUGGAGACAUGAUUUGUCCAGAAUGUGGACUCGUAGUAGGUGACAGAGUAAUAGAUGUAGGGUCAGAAUGGCGAACAUUCAGCAAUGACAAAGCAACUAAAGACCCAUCUCGAGUUGGAGAUACCCAGAAUCCUCUCCUUAGUGAUGGAGACUUGACUACAAUGAUUGGCAAGGGCACCGGUGCAGCUAGUUUUGAUGAAUUUGGGAAUUCAAAGUAUCAAAAUCGUCGCACUAUGAGCAGCUUUGACCGUGCAAUGAUGAAUGCCUUUAAGGAAAUUGCUAGCAUGGCUGACAGAAUCAAUCUUCCCCGAAAUAUAGUUGAUCGAACAAAUAAUUUAUUUAAGCAAGUGUAUGAGCAGAAGAGCCUGAAGGGAAGAAGUAACGAUGCCAUUGCGUCUGCUUGUCUCUACAUUGCUUGCAGACAAGAGGGUGUUCCUAGAACAUUUAAAGAAAUAUGUGCUGUGUCCAGAAUUUCCAAAAAAGAAAUAGGACGGUGUUUCAAACUCAUCUUGAAAGCUUUAGAAACAAGUGUGGAUUUGAUCACUACUGGAGAUUUUAUGUCCAGAUUUUGUUCAAACUUGGGCCUUCCUAAGCAAGUCCAGAUGGCAGCAACACACAUUGCGCGUAAAGCUGUGGAAUUAGACUUAGUUCCUGGGAGGAGUCCUAUCUCAGUUGCAGCUGCAGCUAUUUAUAUGGCUUCACAAGCCUCAGCUGAAAAGAGGACACAGAAAGAAAUUGGAGACAUUGCUGGUGUAGCUGAUGUUACAAUAAGACAGUCAUAUAGGCUGAUUUAUCCACGUGCUCCAGACCUUUUCCCAGCAGAUUUCAGAUUUGACACCCCUGUGGACAAACUGCCCCAGCUGUGAAACUUCAAAGGCUGCUUCUAGAUCCUCAAAAAUAAUUUUUGACUUAUAAAAGCAGUAAGCAUAUAAAAGCAGUACUGCCAAGCCUUCAGUUGCAGGACUGGCUAAAGGAUAUGGAAAAACCUAUUGGAUAAAUUGGAGCACACAUUCCAGAUAUAAACAAAAUAAUUUUGUGGCAUUUUUAUGUAUAUAUUAGUGACUGUAAGUAUUUAACAACCAUUGCAGCGAACUUAAUUUUCUAUUCUGUGUAUUUAGAUUUCUUUCAUAGAGAUCUAGUGAAAUGUAUUUUGGAAAAUAUUUCAAAUCAGAAUAAACUGUUUUCCAAAAACAGUACUGACCUACAAGUUUCACUGUAUGUGACUUUGUUCAAAAUAAAUAUCCAAGUGGAAAAUGUAACCUUUAAAAAUUGUUCAGUUUUCCUAAUUAGAUGCUGUCCAUGGAUUUUUACGUUGUUUCUUGAUAACUAUUGUUAAUUACAAUGGGAAAUUUUAAUUCAGAGAAAACAUAGUUCAUAUAAUAAUAAAAAUGCUUGUAGAAUUUUUUCCCAUUCAUCUUAGGAAAAGAUUAACCAAGUCAAGUUUAUGCUUUGAUUCAUUCUAUUUAAAGUCCCACAAAUCAAGAGCAUGUCUCUUCAUUAUCUUGUAUGGCUACUUGAAAAAGUGAUCCAACCAUCUUAUGUUCAUAGUCUCUGUCAUAGGAGGCAGAUUUUUCUGAUGCCUAGUGUUGAAUAGAAGUAGGACAAUCACCUUUCCUUUCUUCACAAAGCCAGGAACAUUUUUCUGUCAGAAAUGAUUAUUGCCUAGUUAAAAAGAACUGAACUAUUAGCAAGAUAUUUGAAGACAGUUUAGUGUGUUUUGAACCAUUGUUGAACAGGAAGAAGGAAGCUGAAUCUAAGUUUCUUCACCCUACACGUGCAAAUGUUUCUCUUCAACUCGAUAUUCCAGCAGCCACCUGUUACCAUUGCUGUUGGCUGUUUUUCUUUAGCAGAGUUGAAGUCAUUUUAACUACUGACACAGCUGAGGCCAAAGAAAACAGUAGGAGUGUGUGUGAAAAAGAAGUAGGGGGGAGGGGGGAUCUAUAGUCCCUCCAGGCCAUUGAGAUGGAACUGGGAAAUUGUAUACUUCAGUUUAAUGAUUAUGCAGCAUUUUUAGGUGAAUUAUAAAUAGAAACGUUUUGUGACUAGAAGACCUUGUCCAAAUUGAGCAGUUUGCAAAAUCAGGCUCAGUCCUCUUUGAGUUUUUGUUUUUGUGUUCCUUUGCUGCUUCAGCAGUAUUCUUAAACUAUAACAGCAUGGCAGAGCUGAUGAUAAUUUUUUAAAAAUAAGUCUGCUUGGCACAAAGCUUCACAAUGUAUAUUAAAUAAAAUUAAAUCCUGGAAGUUUAUAUCUUUCUGUAAUUUUCAUUGUUCAUGAGAGUGGUUUGUAGUCAUAUGAUUUCAUAGGUCCAAGAUUUGGCAUUGUUUUGUUAAGGAAUGUUACCAAAAGGUGGUAUUGUCCUAGCAAGUUCUCUCCCACUUUGUAUUAGCAUCUGAAUGCCAUCAAAUGGCUUUGUCAAUCUUUGUCUGCAGCAGUCUGUACUGUGAAGGGCACACAAAUACAACUCACCCUCUUGAAUGUAAUUGAUUUGAUCAAUUUCACCAUGUUGUUACAACUGUUAUUGGGAAGAUAUUCUUACUUUUAUCAAGCCAGUGUUCCCAUUCCAACUUAAGAUAGUCAUAGGUGCACUGUUUCUCUACCAUCAUUUGGUAUUUAAAUCAUAGGCAAUUUUUGAUACCAGUGGGCUGCAUUUAAACUAUUUUAAGAGGCCAAAAACUGCAG